AUGUUUCGAUUCAAGAACGCCAUUUCAGGCAUUUCUGUAAACCACACCUCUCGGCCUGAUCCCUCAUUCGACGAACAAUUGUCAGAUGAAUCAGCAGACCAAGUUCCACCUUUAGCUAGCACUGCUCUAUCUACUUUACAAGAUGCUAUGAUUUUGCCGUCUACCCCAGCUUGGCUACGAGAAGAGGAUGACCGCGCGUCAACAAGGCACAGCCGUGCUUCUUCGAUCGUCUCGACACGAACAAAGUAUUCUAUCAACUCGACGCAGGAGGAUGCUCGAAGCAUCAAUAUUGAUGUAGGCGGACAACGUUUCAGAAUUAGCCGGGAUGGCUCAACCAUUACCAACGAUGAGCCUCCUCCGUACGCACCACCCGGCGAUACAAUCCGCUUUCGCAACGCAGAGAGCAAUCAAGAAGGAGACAUUGUGCUUCGUCAAGACAUAAGUGGCUUGGAGCCAGACGUUGGAACGAUUACGCCACGGUCCAGUUUCGUUGCGCUCAAUCUCGAGCCUAGUAUGAGAGCCAACAUAAUUGACCCUUCAGAAUUUAGCAUGCCGUCUCCAGUGGAGAGUGGCAAGCGUAGUCAGCGCUCAUCAUCUGUGAGCCUUGUCGAGAACUCAGACCCAGACACCAGCUCACACGAACGUGAGCCGCCUCGCGACACGGGAGACGCUCUCCAGAGCAGGACCACCUUUCGCCAGGCGGGUCUGCCUCCUAUAGGCAGUUCCAUCAUGCCUUCGCGGAACCGCCGAAGAGGACUGUUCAAUCGGUUACCAUCCCUCGACACCUCCGGCAACAACAGACGUAUAAACACCACUGGGACCGAACGCCAAGGACGGUCUUUGACCAAGCCAUCAGAUGGUCCUCUCCAAGUCCGAUCUGCAGGUGCAAUACUAUCAACUGCACUAGAUCAUCAUUCUCAGCCGCAGUCGCCCGACUAUAUUGGAAGGGAUGCAAGUGCAUCGUUUCCUCUCCCCAGGAUUCAAGCAAUGCAAACUGUAGAUGGUGGGGGCUAUGAGCUUCAGUCACAGGAGAUGCCACGGAUGGGGAUGAGGUACAGUUAUCACAGGAGCGAUGAUGCAACACCAAGUCAUACUCCCCUUCCCAUGGACACGGAGAAUGACAUCAGUCUUCACUAUGCAAAGAUGAUGAGGAAGCUAGACUAUACUCACAGGAAAGCCCUCCACCUCAGAGACCAAGAAAUGGCCGAGCUGCGUGAGAGACUGCAUGAGAAAGAUACCGUGCUCCGACAGCAACUGCGGGCCAAAGAUUUCCUGAUUGAGGAUCUGCGCAAACGGCUUUCCAAUCUGGAAGAAAACAUCGAGGGGAUGCUCGAGAGGGCGAGAAACGAGGUCGAAGAUCUCUGGGAAUCCCGCUGGAAGGACCGUGAUUUCCACCUGCGGGAGAGGAUGCGCCGCAUCGAAGAAGAUGCACAAAUGACGAUUGACAAGCUUCGAGUCGAUCACUCAUCAAAUGAGGGCAACAGCGAUGGUUCUCUCACGCCUAGUUGA